AUGGCGACCCCUCCAACUGAGGAGACAGAUUCCAAGACCCAGGAGUUCCUUCAGCUCCUUCAUGGUUCUUCAAGAGAGGGUCAUGAAGGCUUCAAUUCCGCCACCAGUUUGGGGAAUGAUGGAAAGCUACAGGAAGUCAAGACUACCCCGUUGUUUUCCAACCAGGUCCGUCUUGCUCUGACUCCAGAGAAGAUGAUGCUCUUGGGAUCUCUGGAUCAAGUUGCAUUCCCUCAGUACGGUCUGCUUGGUGUCCGCCAGCAGUCGUACGGAGCAGACCAACUUGAUGCAAGAUUUCUGCCAGUGGAGCAUAAUCUUAUCAUGGCAAACAUGAAUGCGCCAUGGUCAGCCUUCAUUUGCGGUUCCCAAGGCGGUGGUAAGAGUCAUACCUUGUCUUGCUUGUUGGAGAACUCGCUGCUACCCUCUUCCCUGGCGAAUGUGAAUCCAAAACCGCUCGCUGGCCUUGUCUUCCAUUUUGAUCAUUUCACAAGCGCAGAGACUACGCAGCUGUGUGAAGCUGCAUACCUCUGCUCAUCUGGAGUUCCUGUGCGAGUUCUCGUAUCUCCUUCGAAUUAUGCUGUAAUGCAUACACUUUACAGCAACUUGCCGGGGUUGCCAAGCGGAAGUCCCAAGCCUCAGGUUGUGCCAUUGUACCUCAAAGAAGAACAGUUGAAUGUUAGUCGUAUGAUGACCCUCAUGGCGAUGAACGACAACGAACAUCCACCCUUGUACAUGGAAGUCCUUCGCAAAAUCCUACGCGACAUGGCUAUGGAGGGCAGCGGUCGUCGCGGAGUGAACUAUCGUGACUUCACCUCUCGCAUGGGCCGACAAGGAUUCUCAGGCCAGCAAAAUGGUCCUUUGAAUCUUAGAUUGCAGCUUCUGGAGUCAUUCCUCGCUGACGAAGUGCAAGAUAGGGAGUCUUCGACUCUAUUGGAUGACAUUUUCAAGUCCUCUCAAGGGACGCUGACCAUUGUUGAUCUCAGUUGCCCCUUUGUGAAUGAGAACGAUGCUUGUGCUUUGUUCGCAAUAUGCCUGUCCAUCUUCAUGGAGCAUCGCGCCGACUGUGGAAGAAUUGUCGCCAUCGAUGAAGCCCACAAGUUUCUUACCAAAACAGGCGAAGCUCAGAGACUGACAGAACAGCUCAUCUCUCUGAUCCGUCAACAGCGUCAUCUGGCCACCCGUGUUGUUAUUGCCACACAGGAGCCUACCCUAUCUUCUAAGCUAAUUGACCUUUGCAAUGUCUGCAUUGUCCACAGAUUCAAUUCUCCUGCCUGGUUCCAGAUCCUGGAAAAGCAUCUCGCUGGCGCUAGUAAUAUGCGCGAUGAUAAGGAUGCUGACACUUCGCGACUUUUCGAAAUGAUUGUUGCCCUUCGUACCGGGGAGGCGUUUGUGUUUUGUCCAACAGCAUUGCUUGAUCUCCACAAUGGCAAAUUGUUCCAGUUAGAAACUGGCUUCAUCAGAGUCAAGAUUCGCGCUCGCUGUUCUACUGAUGGCGGUAGAAGUGUCAUGGCCGAAGAUAGGCAUUCGGUUGGCAGCGUUGACUAUCGACCAGUCUCGACCAUUAUUCGUCCUUACAGAAGCUCUCGCACUGCUACCACAGCUCGUCGUGAGAGACGUCGGUCUGCGAGUCCGGUCAGAGCCCCCACCGCCCCUCGCCCCAUGCAACGGGUGAAUGUCGUUCAGACAGUGCCACCUUCAAAGCAGUCACGUGCUUCAGAUGCGACCUUGCCAGUGGCCGUACCCACCACCACUGAGCCUGCUGGAAGCUCUACAACUCACCUGCCGCAACCUCAGGUCGACCAGGCGAGAGCUCUUGAAUUUGUGCGAAGAACGGCCUCUCAGUGGUUGCGGAGCUCCCCACAUACUUUCACGCAUGAUCGAGUGAGGAUGAGAGUGAUUGGAGAUCUGAGUUUGCCGCCUGCUUUUUUCGACGGACCUUACUGGCUCAACCUUAGCAGGGAGGCGAUUCGGACAGAAGUAGCCAAGUUCCGCAAAACCAAUGCCACUCGAUUGCCGGGAUACAAUUAA